AUGUAUUUUAUACAAGAAGAGGACUUUGCAAAGAGUGAUGAAGCUGCCAGAGUCAUUCAGAAGGCCUGGAAAAGGUUUAUUAAUACUUCUAUUUUCAAAUACUUUAAAAAUCUGAUUAAUAUAAGAAGACAAGGGGAUCCACGUCAGAUAAUAAGAUGCAUUAAUCCUAGAGAGGCAGAGCUUCUAGAUGCUGCAGCUGGCAUUCAUGUACGGUUCAGAUUUGGUGGUGCUAAAUUUCCACCUGAAAUAUAUUAUAAAAUUUUUACUGAAAGACAUGUUGAAGAUCUGUGUGCUAAUAGCCCUAGAGAUUACACAAAACUUUCAGCAAAAUAUGCAUCUCAUACUAGAAGUGAUAAUCUUCAGAAACAGGAUCGUAGAGGCUGGUAUCAUCGUAUAGAGAACAAUGGUUGGAGGCUUGUUUCUGAAAGAUUUUUGGUGUCUACUGAAUUUGUAAUUACAGAAGACAUAAAGGAAACCAAAUUUCAUUUCUCUAAACUGAAAAGAAGACAAGAUAUAGAAAAAAGGAGAAAAUUUAAAAAAAUAGAAUGGAUGAGGCAAAUGUACAAUUCAGGACAGCUGGAGGCUAAGUCAACAAAUCUAGAAACUCUAAGCUUAAUUCACAGAGCAUCCAAGGGGCUUAUACGAUCUAUUGAAAAUGGUGGAAUAGAUUCUGUGAUGGAAUGGGAAGUGGAUGAAGUGCUGAAUUGGACAAAUACGCUGAACUUUGAUGAGUACGUUGCCAACUGGAAGGAAAUGGCUACAAGCGACUCUUCAGUUAACUUCAAAAGUUCCAAGUUUGAACGAGAACCGGAAAAUAUAUAUGACUAUGCAGCAAUGUCAGAGGGCAUGGGAACAUCAGAUAAUACUUAUGAAGUUGGAAAUACUUAUGAAGAACCAAAUUUUACUAGACUAACACCUAGUUCCCUUUAUGAAACAUAA